AUGUCACCACGCAGCCAAACUACUGAGAACCACCAGAGCUUCUUCACACUGACUGGGAUUCCAGGAAUGCCAGAGAAAGACUUAUGGAUGGCCUUGCCCCUCUGUCUUCUUUACAGCACCACGAUCUUGGGAAAUGUCACCAUCCUUGUUGUCCUCAAAGUUGAGCAAAGUCUCCAUGAGCCCAUGUAUUAUUUUCUAGCCAUGUUAGCUGCCACUGACCUCAGCCUUUCACUGUCUUCCAUGCCUACCAUGGUCAGUGUUCACUGGUUCAACUGGUAUUCAAUAACUUUUAGUGGCUGCCUUAUUCAGAUGUUCUUCAUCCACACAUUUAGGGGAGUAGAAUCAGGUGUUCUCGUGGCCAUGGCCUUUGAUUGCUCUGUGGCCAUCGGCUUUCUUUUGCACUAUGCUACCAUUCUCACUCAUAGUGUCAUCAGCAAGAUUGCAGCAGCAGUCUUGCUACGGAGUGUGGGGACUCUGCUCCCUGUGCCUUUGCUCAUCAAAAGGUUACCUUUCUGUCACUCCAGUGUCCUCUCCCAUGACUGCCUCCAUCAGGAUGCCAUGAGGCUUGCCUGUGCUGACACCAGUGUCAAUAGCAUCUAUGGCCUGCUGGCUGUGAUCUUCAUCAUUGUAUUAGAUGUCUUGAUACUUUUGGCCUCUUACAUUCUAAUCCUCCACGCAGUAUUGAACAUUGCUUCCCAGGAAGAGAGGCUCAAGGCUCUCAACACUUGCCUCUCUCACAUCUGUGCAGUGCUGCUUUUCUAUGUACCUCUGAUGUGUAUGACCCUAAUUAAUCGCUAUGGGAAGCAUUUGUCACCACUAAUACACACAUUCAUGGCCAAUAUCUACCUGCUUUUCCCUCCUGUGCUCAAUCCCAUUGUGUACAGUGUUACAACCAAGCAGAUCCGAUGGCGGAUUGUCCAGGCCUUUUGUGGGGCUAGGGUUAGCCCUUAA